CUUGACAUGACGGCCGGCGCUGACGUCGCGGGAGCGCGCACGGGAGAUAAGUGACGUUUAAAUGCGGGAUGAACGGCGAACGGAGCGGAGCGGAGCCAGCGCGCGCACUCACGGAAGUUGAUGUUCUUCUGCGAUCUGAUUGGAUGGGUCUCACACUGUGCUGCUUGCUGAAGGACGGCGGUCCUAAAAAACAUCAUAAAUCCCGAUCAGCCUUCUGUCCGUUUUCUGUAGCCCCGCCCAUUCGCCUGGCUGUGCUUUUAGACACGCCCCCCGUCGCCCCUGGAAACCCACGGUCGCAGUGGAGCUCCACCCACCUGUCGCCCAAUCUGAAGGUGUGUCCGUCGGGGGGGCGUGUCUCUCGUGCCCGUGUGGAGCAGAGCAGCGAUGCGGUCCGUGGCGCGGUCGGCACGGCAACGGGGCUCCAUAUAUGGGAGGUGCUGUGGGAGGAGCAACAGAGAGGAAGCCACGCCCUACUGGGCGUGUCCACACACAAAUGCACCCUUCAGGCCUCGGGCUACAUGGCGUUAAUAGGCGGAGACUCGUGUUCCUGGGGCUGGGAGCUCUCAACCAAUCAGCUCUGGCAUGAUGGGAAGGCGGGGAGGCGGUACCCUGGGGGCGGAGCCAGGGGCAUCUUAAGUGUUCCUGAUCGUGUGUUAGUGGUGGUGGACGCAGACGCAGGGACGCUGGGAUACGUGGUGGAGGACCGCUAUCUGGGCGUCGCCUUCCACGACCUCCCCAAAGGGGCGGAGCUUUUCCCUGCGGUGAGCUGCGUUUGGGGAGGAGCUCAAAUCUGCAUACGCUACCUGUGUGGCACGACACGAGACCCACCUGCUCUGGAGGCUCUGAGCCGUUUAUCUGCGCGGCGGGCCCUCGGAGGGGCCGGGCCCCGGAGCCGGACGCUGUCACUCCCAGCUGCUCUACAGCGCCUCCUGCUGGACACACACAGCACAAGCACCGCAGAGGAACGGCACUGACACUGCACAUCACAACAUAGCUUUACUUGCUUUAUUUAAAGUUUUCUUCAUUUGUCCGUUUUUCUAAUUAUAUAUGUUAAAAUUGCAGAUGUGUUCAGAUUGUCAAUCAGAGUCAAACUGCAAGACUAAAUCUUCUCAAGUCAUAAAAGAAUUGUCUAAAGAUGGUAUAUUCUGUAACUUCCUGUCCUUUUGUUGUUUUUCUUUUCCAGUAUGUAUAUAUAUAUAUAUAUAUAUAUGUGUUUGUGUGUGUGUGUAGAGAUAGAGAGAGAUUAGAUAUAGAUUUUUCUUUCCUGUAUGUAUGUGUGUAUAUAUAUAUAUAGAGAUAGAGAGAUAGUGAAUAUUGUUAAUAUUUUUUAAUAAUUUCUGUGCAUAUAUUUAUAACUUAGAAAGUCGAGUUUUUUUAUUUCAUAUAUAUUUCCAUUGUUAAACAAAUCUUCAAAAAUAAAAUAUUGAAAAAAUAAUUUUGUCUUGAGAGCUGAAUAAAUUUGCUUUAUAUUAUAUUGCCUCUAAUAUAACAUUUUAAUAUAUAAAAUUAUAUAUCUUCAAAAUUUUGCAACAUUUACGUUACAUUUAUAUUUAGCCAUUUAGCAGACGCUUUUAUCCAAAGUGACUACUGAAGACAAUCCCACUGUUAUUUUCCUGUUUCUCUGUGAAGCUGCUUUUUUUUUUAAAGCUCUAUUUUAAUAAAUGUGACUUGACUUGACAGUAAUAUGAGUUUCAGAUUAAUGUCCAUCUGGAAGAAUAUCAUCAUAUGAGGCUGAAUCUCAUGAAAGCUAUCAUGAAUCAUCAGGAAAAUAACUGCACGAUGCAAAAAAACACAAUGGCCUUUAUUUACGCAGCAUGUGUGUGUCAUGAUUCAAUCACUGAGUAUAGAUGAG